GCCGCCUGAGCUGAGGUCCUGCCCGCGAAGCUCCGGCGGGAGCGUUGGGGAACAGAGCGGGAGGCUCCGGUAUCGCCCCGCGGCCGGGCGGAGGCCUGAGGCGGCAGGCGCGGCUCCGGAAGUGAAGCGAGCGGCCCCGUCAGGGCCUGAGGCGCGAGCGGCGCGGUCUCUCGCCUCGCCGUCGUGGUGGCGGCGAUGCUGUGGCAGCGGUUGGCGGUGGUUGAGUGGGCGGCGCUGGCCUGGGAGCUCCUGGGCGCCUCGGUGCUGCUCAUCGCCGUGCGCUGGCUGGUCCGGCGGCUGGAGCGGCGGCCGCGCAGCCCGAGCCGUAGCGGGACACCCCGCCCUCCGCCCGGCGCGUCUGAAGCUGCGGCCGCUCGGCCAGGUGAAGUGACAAUGGAUGCCAUGUUGGCUCGAUUGAAACUCCUGGAUCCAGAUGACCUAAGAAAAGAAGUUAUGAAAGCUGGAUUGAAAUGUGGACCCAUUACAUCAACAACAAGAUUUAUUUUUGAGAAGAGAUUAGCUCAGGCUUUACUAGAGCAGGGUGGAUUGCUGGCUUCCUCUCUUCCCAAGCACAGUGAGGUGACUGCCGUGGCCCUGACCCAGGGCACCCCAAGGACUCCUGCAUCUGUGGAAGGGAAACCAAGUCAACAGUCCAGCUCUCCUGAAGACAAAGAUUUUGGCUAUAGUGUGGGCUUGAACCCUCCAGAAGAGGAAACUGUAACGUCUGAUGUCCCCCUGACAACCUUCAGUGCCUCUGCCAGGAAUGACUACAGCGGGUCUGGAGUGACAGCUGCUAAAGAGCCACUUCUAUUCUAUGGUGUAUGUCCAGUCUCUGAGGAUGGCCUUGUGAGAAAUGAGAGGAUCCAUGUUUACGAAGAUAAAAAGGAAGCAUUGCAAGCCGUCAGAUUGAUCAAAGGGUCCCGGUUUAAAGCUUUUCCAACAAGAGAAGAUGCUGAAAAAUUUGCUAGAGGAAUAUGUGAUUAUUUCCCUUCUCCCAACAAAAUUACAUCCUCACUGUCUCCUGUGAAGGCAGGGCCACUGUUGGGCAGUGAUGGGCUGAAAGCAGAUGCUUUGUGCCUGGCUGAAUCAGAAACAGUAAACAAAGAACGAGCAAACAGUUAUAAAAGUCCCCGUACCCAGGACCUCACUGCCAAGCUGCGGAAAGCCGUUGAGAAAGGGGAAGAACGCGCCUUCUCUGAUCUCAUCUGGAGUAAUCCUCGGUAUCUAAUUGGUUCUGGAGACAACCCAACCAUUGUACAAGAAGGCUGUAGGUACAAUGUCAUGCAUGUUGCUGCCAAAGAGAACCAGGCUUCUGUGUGCCAGCUGACGUUAGAGACUCUGGAGAACCCCGAGUUUAUGCGUCUGAUGUACCCAGAUGACAGCGUGGACAUGCUGCAAAAGCGCAUGCUGUACAUUGUCGACCUCUACCUGAACACUCCUGACAAAGCGGGCUUUGAGACACCAUUACAUUUUGCUUGUAAGUUUGGACAUGUGGAUGUAGUCAGUGUGCUUUCUUCGCACCCUUUGAUUGUGAAAAACCCAAAGAACAAAUAUGGUAAAACACCUGAAGAUGUAAUUUGUGAAAGAAGCAAAAACAAGUCUGUAGAGCUGAAAGAGAGGAUUAGAGAACACUUAAUGGGUCAUUACUAUGUGCCACUUCUGAGAGCAGAAGACACUUCUUCUCCUGUCAUUGGGGAGCUGUGGUCCUCAGACCAGAGAGCUGAGGCCUCUAAUGCUGACCACUGUCGGAGUAGCCCCCGAGACCCUGUGAUGACACUGAGAGCUUUUGUGGGGCCUCUGAGCCCAUCCAAGGCAGAAGAUUUUAGAAAGCUCUGGAAAACUCCACCUCGAAAGAAAGCAGGCUUCUUCCACAGCAUCAGAAAGUCUGACGCAGAGCGAGGCAUCGAGAGAGUGGGAAGGGAGCUAGCUCAUGAGCUGGGGUAUCCCUGGGUUGAAUACUGGGAAUUUCUGGGAUGUUUUGUUGAUCUGUCUUCCCAGGAAGGCUUGCAAAGACUAGAGGAGUACCUUGUCCAGCAUGAGAUAAGCAAAAAGGCUCAGCAGGAAACAGCAGAAAACGAAGGCUGCCUUCAGGACACAGCCUCGGUUUUUGGCAGUGGGAAGAAGUACAGCAAUUCCAUCUCUGUAGGAGCAUUUCUAGAUGGGGACGAUGACAUCAGCUUGGAAGAAAUAAAAAAUCAGCAAAAUACAGUUCCAAGUCAGAGUCGGCCCACAAUCGAUAAAUCCCAAAACUCUGACUACAGUUCCCUUUCCUUGGGCCAGAAGGUGGACCCUGACGAAGCCUCCGCUGGAUCUUGUCCCCAUAACAGCAGAAAUGGGUUUUGUCAUCCUCUGAACAACAGGACCACAGGUGGAAGAAGACUAGAGGCAACCAGUGGGGAGGAGGCCCAUCCACCGCCUGUUUCUAGUUUGACUCUUGAGUUUGAUAAACUGAAUUUGCAGAGUCCAGGAGAGAGCCCUUUUGAGACACCAAAUAAAAAUAGGAACCCAGAGGAUAAGAUACUGGCUUCAAGAAAGGAUGCAGCAGGAAGUGACUUGCUGUCACCUCCUCCUGCAGUAACAAGACUUGAAAACAACCAAAUCAGGUCCAACAAUGAGGUGUCAGAGGCAAUGGCUGAAAUGUCUUUGGGCUCCAGCAGCCCCCAACUUGGGAUUCAGGCUGGUCAGGAACCUGUGUCCUCAUCUACCACAGGAGAUUCCAACAGGAGGCUCUUCCUUUCUGGCGAGGAACCAUCAAAACUAGAUCGAGAUGUCUUAGCAGCUCUUGAGUGUGUGGAUGUUGACCCUGGUCUGUACCCAGCUGUCCACAGGUGGAAAAGUACUGUCCUGUGCUACUCAUCCUUAGACAGACAGAGUUGGCCAAGUCCUGCACUGAAAGAGAAGUUCACAAGUGAGCUGUUGGAUCAUGGCUGCUGCUCAGGACGAUGCAGUCCAGCUGGUAGCAGCCCCAGUAAGCCUGGCCACACCUCCUCCUCUGGCCUGCACAGCCCCAGACGCUACAGUCCAGCUCAUGGGAGCCACUUCCAAAGGGUGGCACACAUGGCCCGACUUGCAGCUCUGUAGAGCCAGCCAGUUUGCUUGGUCCUGGGGUUCAUUAACUUCUUUGUUUUUAAAAGAAGGGUAAUAGGUUAAUUGGUAAAAGUUCCAUGAAAGAAUGUAUUCUAAAUAACUUCUUAAUCCUCACUUUGAGGGUACCAGAAUUUUAAAAAAUACAGUGUUCUGAGUAUAAUUUAAAUGUCUGCUAUCUUGGAGGAAGUUACUGAAAGCCAACUCAGAUACAAGUUGUUUGAAACGUGUGGCUGCAGUAAUGAUUCAGACUUUUCUGGUGGAAACACCUAGUUUUGGAGUGGAGCAAAGGCAGUUGACAGACAAGUGAGGUGCGAACAGCAGCUCUCCAGUUCCUGCAUGCACACCGCUGUUCCUGAAGCAGGUGUGCUGUGUGUUGUCGCUUCUCUUCUUUUUGGGGGGAGGAGCAGCUUUCUAAUAUGCAAUGGCAAAAAUGUGUGUGUUACUUCCUAGUUGUUCCAACAGUGAGAAAGCAGGUGGCAGAGUAAAUGGCUUGACUAUCUCAGACUUGAGUAACAAUGCUCAAAACACUGCCAGAUUAAACCAAAAAAA